AUGGUGGACCAGAACGUCGUCGACGAGGCGGUCAAGAAGCUCAACUCCCACAAGGGCGUCGUCGGCACCAUCAUCUGCAACGGCGAGGGCAUCCCGAUCCGCAGCUCCAUGGGCCAGGAGGACACCGUGCAGUACACGGGGCUCAUGACGACGCUCGUGCUCAAGGCGCGGCGGCUGAUACGGACGCUCCCGGUCGCGCGGAGGCCCGCGGAGGAGGACGACCUGGGCAUCGAGCACGACCACGACCACCACGCGGCGCAGGAGGAGCAGGAGCUGGAGGUCAUUCGGCUGCGCAGCGAGAAGCACGAGGUGAUCAUCACGCCGGAGUUCAACUCGAAGAAGAUGGACUUCAUCCUCAUCGUCGUGCAGGACCCGUCCGUCGUCUGA